UACACCCUGUUUGCUUCUCCAUUUUCUAAGCAAGCUUUAAUUGGCUUGGGGAAGAUGGCACAGUGAGUCAGAGUGUCCGUGGCUGAAACCUCUGUCUCUUCCUCACUCCGAUGCCACUGCCAGAAAGUGGUGAUAGCAAUUAGCAAAAGCCCACCUGAUAAUAGAUGACGGGUGUAAGAUCGAUAUUUCUGUUUGUUUUACUAUUCUUUGCCUAUGAAACUUCUUUAGCAAGAGCGGAUGUAGGAAAAAAUGAAGAGUUCUCGGAAGCAUUGCUUUUGAGGCCAUUACCUGACCGGAAGGUGCUAGCCCAUUUUCACUUUCAAAGCACGGUGCCUCCUACUAACUCAUAUGGCCGCCACCACCAUCUCUUCCCCAAAUCCAUUUAUCAACUGGUCCAAAAAUUUCAUUUACGGGAAAUGGAAUUGUCAUUUACACAAGGUCGCUGGAAUUAUGAGCGCUGGGGUGGAUAUGACCCCAUAUCAAGCAGCAACGCCAAGCCUCCUGGGGUUGAACUUUGGGCUGUUUUUGAUGUGCCCCAACAUCAGGUUGAUGCUUCCUGGAAAAAUUUAACCCAUGCACUUUCAGGUCUCUUUUGUGCUUCAAUCAAUUUCCUUGAGCACUCAACGGCAUAUUCCACUCCUGAGUGGAGUUUCAGGUCAUCUGGUGGCUACUUAAAGUACGGAACUUUGCCUCGGGAGGCUGUUUGCACUGAGAACCUCACUCCUUGGUUGAAGUUGCUUCCUUGUAGAGACAAAGCUGGGCUUUCUACAUUGAUGGACCGACCCUCCAUCUACAGAGGUUAUUAUCACUCUCAGCGGCUGCAUUUGACAUCUAAUGAAUUUGAUUCCAAUGGAUUAAUCUCUGGAGUAGUACUUGACCAAACUCUUACCAUUGUUCUUCAGCCAAAUAUAAAAGGAACUGGUGCAAUUUUUUCAAGUGGAUCAACACUGCAACCAAGUUGGUCACUGAGUUCACUGUUUGGCCGGAAAGUUGGUGAAAGGUGUGUUCUUUCUAAAUCCAGCAAUGUUUAUGUUCAAUUGGAGCAGAAUUUGGUAUCUCAACUUAUAAAACUAGGAAAUGACGAUAAAGGGUCUCACCAUGAGGUUGAUAUCUCUCAGAACUUCGUGGGUGAUCGAGGUUUUGCGAUAUCAAUUCCGCCAGAUAGACAAAUCAGGGAAGUGGAUAGAUUUGAUACUGGAAGCUUGUCUAUCCUGCAUCAAUUUUCUGUUGAGAACUAUAGCGAUUUAAAACCCUUUGACUUGGAAUUCAGAUGGAAGUUACCCUUAGUUUGGUCAUGCCGACAAGCACCACUAAGUGUCAGCAGAUACCUAAUGGGAAGUGGUAAUGAGAGGGGUUCUAUAGCGAUUUCAUUGAAGUCUACUAGAACGAGUGAAUGCAUGCAAAAUGCUGAUAGUGGUGCAAGUGAAUGUUGGUUGAGGGUUGAUAUUUUCCAAGUUGUGCCUUGGUAUGUGAAGGUAUACUAUCAUACGCUGAAAGUAUUCAUAGACGAACGAUUUCAAACUGUUGCAAAUGCUGUAGAGAGGAUGCAUGUCGUACCUUCUGAAGACAAGGUCUCACCUGGUGUAAUGGAACUGACGUUGAAAUUACCUUGUGGAGUCAGAUCGGCAGCAUUGACUGUAGAGUUUGAUAAGGGGUUUCUGCACAUUGAUGAGUAUCCUCCAGAUGCUAAUCAGGGAUUUGACAUUCCUUCAGCUGUAGUGGUCUUUGGUGACUUUGAGACAAGCAUACAAUUUGCAGAUGAUGAUUACUUGCACAAUAUUCCUUUGUUGUCUAAGCUACAGGAAAAGAGCAGAGUUGUUUCCUAUACAGAAGUAUUGCUAGUGCCUUUGACAACUCCCGAUUUCAGCAUGCCUUACAAUGUUAUCACAAUCACGUGCACAGUUUUUGCCUUGUAUUUUGGGUCUCUGCUUAAUGCAUUGAGAAGGCGUGUGGGUGAAGAAGGAAGGCUUUUGAAAACCAAAGCCACCAAGGAAACAGGUAAACUAAGCUCGCUUCUAGCAAGGUUGUCUGCGAAAUUGAGGGGAAAACCGUGGGAACCACCCGAACAAUCCUCAUCUUCUGCAUCCUUUUUUAACCGUAAGCUCAUUUUGAAAGUCCUGCUAGUUGCUGGUCUUGCUGUUGCUUGGCAAUAUUAUUCGGGUUGACCACAAGUUCAAGCCAUGAGGCUUCUUGUAUACAAUGUGUAUUUAGAGAUUACACAGAUGAGAUUAUCGCUUAGGAGUUUUUUGUCAAUUUUGUGUUACUUACCAACUAAUCCUGUUCUCUAUGGCUGUAAAAUUGUCAUCAGUUGGAAAUUUCAAUA